GCUGCCGCCGACGAACGCUGCCACCAACGAACGGACUCUGCUGCCGCCAAUUCUCUUCCACGCCAAAAAGUUUUUCUGCGCGCCAUGUUUUUUCCUCGCCGGCACCAAUUCCUUUCCUCCGCAGCUCAAUUUUUUUGCCAUCUCCUGAUCAAAACGACGCGCCCUAUGCCUAGGCUUCCAAUUUCUGUCUUCCGCCUAUUUUUUCUCUUCCACCCGCGCCAAAUUCUUCUCCUCUCCGUUUGAUUUUUUUGGCAUCGCGAGAUGAAAACGGCGCGCCCUAAUGCCCGGGCUUCCCUUCAAAACUUGAGCAAUGCAUCUAUAAAUACUCCACCAUGGAUUAGAAGUAGUCUGCAACUUUUCCCCUGCCUUCUUCUAGCCUCGACCAAUUUCAGUAGCAAUGAUGCCCCAUGGGUUAGACCUCAAUGCCGAGCCUCCUAUAGACUGGGAUGAAAUUAGCGAGUGGGAAGGGCCUGCAUAUGAACUCGAUUAUGACUUGGUGUGGACUGAUGAAGGUGCCUCGCAAGAAGAGCAGUCUGGUGGUAAUGGAGAAGGUGGUGGACGUGCAAGAGCUGCUGGACAACGGAGAGCCAACGUAGCUGCUGGUGAUGGGUCUGCUGGACAACAACGAUCUGACGAAGCUGCCGGGGCUGUUGGACAUGCAAGAGCUGAUGGAGGACCUACUGGACAUGAUGGAGCUACUGACGAUGGAAUAGCUGCAACAGGUUUUGUCCCUGCUGCUGAUGGAGAAGGCACUGGACAAGGACGAUCUGACGGAGCUACUGCUAGUGGAACAGCUGCAGUGGGUAAGUACCUACUGGAUGUUCAUGUUUUUAGCUUCAAAAUGUUUCCUCUUUAUGCAUGAAUGUCUUGCCGACUUAUUAAUCAUGUUCAUGCUUUCAUGGUUUUUAUUUCUUGCAAGUUCCAAUGGUAGAAGGAGGAGGUACUACUCCGAUGAAUUAAAAAUUGCCAUUUAUCUAGAAUUGUUGGCGAAGACAGAUCCUCCUGUCUUGCAUCAUGGAGUGUCUAGGCAAGUUGCAGAGAAGUUUGGUGUGCCUCGCUUGGUUGUGCAGAGAAUAUGGCGCUCUGGACAGGACUAUGGUGGGAUAACAGAUGUUAAAAACAAGCUUGUUAGAAAUUGUGGUCGCAAAAGAAUAGAACUAGAUAUGGAAGCGAUCAAAGCCGUGCGGGCGAGGCAGCGGCGGCGGCAGCGACGCGGCGGUGGCGGGAAGGCAGCGGCAGCGACACAGCGGCGGCGGGGACGACGGCAGCGGCAGCGACAGCCGCGAGUCGCCGGUGCACUCCUGAAUGGGUCUGGAGAGAUGUGGGCAACUGAUUUUAAACAUCACGGAGCCAAAGCGGAGGGAUGACACCGUUGUCUCUUCAUUCGGGGCGCCGGAGUUAUUGCGAAGACGAAGCGGAGCAGACGGCGUCGUGGAAACUCGAGGUGGAGCCUAAAUAUAUCGAUCAUAUAUGAAUUUUUCAUUUUUGGUAAUAUAUCUAUCAUAAGUGAAUGGAG